CGACUGUCACGUAGUUGAAUAGGAAUUAUAUAAAGUGCAGCUUCUAAUAUUGAACAAACGAUAGCGACACAAAAUAUAGCAGGUUUCCACAUUUUUUUAAAUUUUAUUAUCUUUGUAUUUUAUUUAGGUUUUUGUAUUUUGCUUCUUACGACCAUGGGAGUAUGUCCUUAUUUGGUAUUCCCUAAGUGGAGAACACUACCCAGACUUCAGCUGCACUUCAUAGUCAAAUACUAGUAGAUAGUAUUGAAAUAACUACUUGGACGCUGAUGUAGUGUGAAAGUGUGUUGGAGCAGCAUGUCUGUGGAGAAUGUUGUAGCACCUCCUUCACCUCCUCUCCCACCUCCACCCCCAUCACUGGCUCGCUCAGUGUCCAGCAAGAAGAAGCUUUACCUGGCUUUAGCAGAGGGAAGGGCCCCUGUAGAAGGGGACUAUGAAGAGGCCAGAAAUAUUUUAGAACAGAGAGAAAGCAGUUUUAGGAAGGAUCUGCAGUGGUUGCUGUUCAAUAAGUAUGUGCCUUCACUUAUUCAAGAUGGUCCACAAUGUGGUCUUGUGGCCUUAUGGAUGGCGACUCAUCUUCUGCAGCCUCCUAAGACGGUGAUGCUGGAGACACUGGUCCAGAUGGCAAAAGACAACGGCUACACUGAACAAGGAGAAAUGUUUUCUGCUAGUGACAUGGCCAAGCUGGCGGAGGAAGUGUGUGGGUGCAGAGUUCAGAGGUUAUCAGGAGGCAUGAUGGGAGAAAACACUGCUGUCAUUCUUAAACACCUCGCUGGCAGGCAACCUGUUCUUGUACCAUAUGAUGAGGAUUUUAAUCACGAGCCCUGUGUACGCAAUGGCCACAAAGCCCACUGGGCAGUCGUCUCAGGUAUAUUAUUAGGCUUAAGACAGGGGUGUGUGGACAGCAAACACUUCUCCCACGACGUCACCCUUCCCUGGCUGCAUCUCUCUCAAAACGAGGCUUCUAUCUCUUGGUUGCCCGAUGACAUUAAAGAAAUGUUUGUUCUGGCUAAACAAGGGAAGAGUCUACGUUACCAGCUUUGGAAGUUUGAGUCAGUAACACAGAGCAACAAUCAACUCAAGGAGAUGGACCCUCAGAGAGCCAGCGAUGGGACGCGUUACGUGCUUCCACCUGGUGGCGUACAGAAGGGUCUAGCAGGACAAGUGCUGCUGCUCCACACCAACACACAGAUCAAGAGCUGAUCAACAACACCAAAGACUCUUCUGAAGACGGUAUGAGCUUUUUCAGAAGCUGGUUACACCUGUAUUUUCAGGCUUCAUCCACUAGGUGUCCUUACAGUUUGAGUGUUUCUAAAGGUGCUAAGUGAAACGAUAAAGUUACGUUCUGUAAAAGUAAGAAACUGAUGCAGCUUCCAUGAGAUGGGAUAUUAGGAUUUUACAAUCGAGGUUACAGAGAUGAAUUCUUCUUGGUAGUUUGGUUUGAAAUCUAUUUCACAAGCUUACAAGCUUGUGAAACAAAAGUGGUUUCGAAGAUUAAACUGAAAGAUUUUCUCAUCUUGUGGUUCAAGUCCUUCUCUUUUUUAACUCUGCUGUCUGGUAAUUCGGGUUUGUGCGACAGUCGUCUUGUAUUGUAUUUAACGGCAUUUAGAUAGUUAACUGUUUUGUUGACGUGUGAACCGGUAUGAGGUAAUCCUCUAAACAUUCGGUUAGUUUCAGGACAAACAAACUGAACGAAGAUGUCAUUUAGUGAUGACCCUCAGUAAUAGUACAGAGUGUUUGGCUGUUCUGAUGUCAUCCAGCGGUUUCAGAACUCUUCUGUUGUGCAACUUGCGGAAGAACUUCUCUUUGCACAGGAAAUUAUGACAGAGGAAAACAUCACUUAGCAGGAAUAGAACAUUGACCGUAAUAAAGUGAGCAGUAUCCUUGUAAUCCAAAUCAUUUUCAAAACUUCCUCUUUACUCACAAGAAUGUUUAAAGGAGGUUGCAUUAAAGAGGUCAAAAUUAGAGAACUGUACUUGAUUUUUACCUGAAAUAUAUUGUUAAUCUUCAUCGUUCAAAGUUUGAAGGAACUGCUGCUGUUCUACUAACACUGUUUGACAAAAUAUCUAGGACAUUUCAACAAAAACCCUUAUUUUGUGGAAAACGCAGUGAUCAAAAUUAGAAGACGGUAAACACUGUAGCAUGAAAAAAGAAUACAAAUAAAAAUUUAGAGGGUCAGAAAUUAAGUAGGAAGUGUAGAGGCACUUGCUUUAAAUGACUCCAGCAUAUUUGUGGCCGCAGGACAUUGCUAGUUUCUCACACACUCUCUUCCAUAGUUUGGUAAUUGUAAAUGGGUUUCUUAGCCAUAGUUGGAUAACUUGGACUUUCAGUCAGGUUUAGAUCAGGACUCUGGCACUUUAUUAUUUCAGUGCUCUUAGCUUCAAGGAAGUGUUUUACCCAUUUUGCAGUAUGACUGUCAAAAUUAAAAUUAAAUU